UCAAUAGAUUAUGAUUCUUGUCAUUAAUACAGAUUCUUGGUUUCCCAUACAUAUUGAGGCGUUAGAGGGGCCUGAGCUUCUGAGCCAUCGUGAAAUUCCGACUAGUUUCAAGCCACAAGAAGAUGAAGGUUGAGUUUGUGUCCAAACAAAUCAUAAAGCCAUCAUCUCCGACACCGCAAAACCAGGAAACUUUUAAGCUAUGUUACAAGGACCAGAUUAAUACUGAUGGUAUGUUUACUGCAAUUCUACUUUUCUAUCUCAAUACUGAUGAUCAAUGCCAGGGAAACAACGUUAGUCAUCAUCAUCACAAGGUUGCCGACGAAAGGUGCGAGAGGCUAAAGAUUUCAUUGUCUGAGACCCUGACCUACUUUUACCCUCUGGCUGGAAGAAUCAAAGACAAUGCAAUAAUUGAAUGUAAAGACCAAGGUGUUGAGUUUUGCAAAGCUUGUGUUCAUGGCUGCUUCCUCGAAGACAUCCUUAAACAACCCAAAAAUGACUCUAUACAACAGUUUGUGCCAGACGAGGAUGAUGCUGGGUUUUUAUUGAAAGUUCAAGUGAAUUUGUUCGAUUGUGGAGGUUUGGUGAUUGGUGUGUCUGUGUCUCACAAGAUUGCUGAUGCUUCAACAAUUGUUUCGUUCAUCAAGGCAUGGGCUUGUGUUGCUUUUGGGUGCAUGACUGAGUCGAUGCUUCCAAAGUAUAAUACUUUGGGAUCGUUUUAUGCUUCCAUGGAUUCUCCGAUUGUUGUAUCACCUAUCGCGGUAGGAGACUUCAUCAAUUCUUGCGUCACAAGAAGGUUUGUGUUUGAUUCCUCAAAGAUCACAAAAUUAAAGGCCAAAGCUUCUAGCAAUAUAGUGGAACAACCAACCCGAGUGGAGUCAGUAUUGGCACUAAUAUGGAAAUGUGCUACAAUAGCAUCAAGAACAAACCUAGGAAUAACCAAAAGACCUUCCAUGGUAUCCCAAGCAGUGAAUCUUCGUAAAAGGACAAGCCCACCUUUACCUGAGACCUCUGUCGGCAACUUCAUAAGUCACUUCCUAGUAAAACUAGAAGGCACCAAUGAAAGUACUGACCUGGACUUAAAAUGGUUGGUGCUUCAGCAAAGGAAUGCUCUGGAACAAUUUUCAAAGAAAUGUCUCAUGAAACUUCAAGACAGAGAUGCUUUCUCGUUAAUGAGUGAGGCAUUGAAGGAGAUUGAAUUGGAAAAACCGGGUAAAGAUUUCUACAUGUGCUCGAGCUGGUGCAAUUUUGCGUUUUAUGAAGUAGAUUUUGGGUGGGGAAAGCCCAAGUGGGUAAGCCUUCCUCCUUUGGAAAUGAAUAAUUUGAUUAUUUUGAUGGAUACAAGUGAUGGAAAGGGGAUUGAAGCAUGGGUGAGUUUAACCCCCCAAGACAUGGCUUUGGUUGAGACUAACCAUGAACUGCUUGAAUUUGCGUCCUUGAAUCCAACUAUCUUAUAAAAUAGGAUUUAAAGGCAAUUCCAUCAUUAAACUAUAGGUCUAGAAGUAUUUAGGACCUUAAACUUAUUUUUGGUAUAAUAUUCUCAUUCAACUUUUAAAAAUGGUGUAAUGUCACCUUUACAUAAAUAGAAAUUAACUUUGACUAUUAAUUAAUUAGAAAAUUACAAAAGCAAGCAUCAAAAAUUAUAAAAUAGGAUAAAAAAAUUAUAAAAAAGGACCCAACAUUAUGGACAAUGACCAAGAGACUUUUCUGUAAUUUUUUAGGUCAUUUUCUAUAAUUUUUUGUUUAAUUAAUGGUCAAAAUUAACAUAAUUUUAGGGGCAAUAUUGCACCAUUUUAAAAAGUUAAAGGGAAACAUUGCACCAAAAAUUAGUUUAGGAUCCCAAAUGCUUUAAGACCUAUAGUUUAGGGACACAUUUGCUAUCAUUUCCUUUGUCUGACAUUCUAGCCUUGGAUGCUGUGAGAGCUGGUUUGUCUGAUGAGUUUAACGGGUGGUGGAUGAGCAACGUUUGGGAGCUGGCUGAUUCUGAUGCUUUUUAAUUUGCUGCUUGUUUUCUUCUGAGUUUGGUUUGUUGUUAACUAUUUUGUAGUUUCUGCUUUAGCGUUUCGUUUUUAUUGUUGCAAUAUUGUUAUCGGACUUUGUUCUUUUGGAAUGAAGGUUUUAGUUUGCAUUGGAAAAAAAAAAA